AAGUGUCCUCGGGCAAAGCUAUAACAGCAGGUGUGGGCUGGUGGGAGGUGCGCUCGCAAGCAUGAGAAACUAAUCUCACAUUCUCAGGACAGUCAUUCAACUUCGCCGCUCAGGGUGAAUAAGCAUGCUAGUAGAAAGGUGGAGGCUGAUUUUGGCCUUGGAAUGUAUUAUGUGCAUCUACAGCAAGCCCUUACAGCAGAAGAGAAGGUGUUUUUUCCAAAUAACAGAAAGUACCGAGCAUAACUACAGGCAAAAUAAGAAAUACACUGCUGCGGGCAGUGUGAGCGGGUCAGUGCAAGUUUGUGAGACCACCGACUGUUGCGUGGGCUACUACUGGAUCAUUAACGGCACACCAAAAGCUGACGUUCUUGCUUGUGACAGGAUUGAAAAGUCAUGCCCAGAUGAAACCUGCAAGGCACAACCACGCAUCAACAACCAAUUCUUUACAUGCAUGUGCAGCACAGACCUCUGCAAUGGCAACAUUACUUGGGGAAAAGAACAGACUUCAAACCCCUACUCUUAUUUUUCAGUUGUCUUCAUGAAAAUGGCUGUGAUUGUGGUUGGGAUUUUGCUCUUUAUGUGUUUCUGUAUUGUUGCUGCUCAAUGGAGAAGUUGCCUGAAAAAGAAAAAGAAGAAUCUACAAUCCUCCAGUCAUGAUUACCUCGUCCAACCCUCCUGUUCCUGCCAAAGGACAAAAACCUCUGAGAUCGACAUCAGUCAGAUCGAGCUACAGCAGAUUGUGGGCCGAGGGCAUUUUGCAACUGUUUUUCAAGGGACAUACCAGGGCUCUGUGGUGGCUGUUAAAUUUUUACCUGCAGGCUAUGAACAUAAUUUUAACACAGAAAAGGAGAUUUAUGAGCUACCGCUGUUAAAGCAUACUAGCAUCAUGAACUUUCUCGGGGCUGGGAGGAAACCAGAUGACAAAAGCUGGUUCAUCGUGCUGCAAUUUGCUGAAUAUGGAUCUCUUCAUUCCUUUUUGUCCAAACAAACCACGAGCUGGAUGUUCUCACUAAAGUUGUGCCAGUCGCUAUCGCAGGGACUUUCCUAUCUCCACUCUGACCUUCUCAGCCAUGAUUUGCACAAACCUCCUGUGGCCCACAGAGACCUCAGCAGCUCCAACGUGCUGGUGAGGGCAGGUGGUACCUGUGCCCUGUCUGAUUUUGGAUGCUCCACCAUUCUGCGUUCUUGUUCGGAGCCUUACCGCAGGCACAACCAGAAUAAAAACAUGAAGUGUAUUCAACUGGGCACGCUGCACUACAUGGCUCCUGAGAUCCUGGAAGGCUUUGUGAACCUGAACGAAAGCAUGUUUCUCAUGCAGGGUGACGUUUACGCUUUGGGUCUGCUGCUGUGGGAGAUCUGGAUGCGCUGCUCUGAUUUAUUUGAAGGUGGAGCUGCACCACAGCAUCUUUUGCCAUAUGAACUAGAGCUGGGAAGCAAUUUAACACUGGAGAGUCUCAUCCUGCAUGUGUCCUAUAUGGACAAAAGACCCUAUAUACCUGAACACUGGGAACUGCUACCACAGGGAGCUGCGCUGAGGGAGCUCCUGGAGGAUUGCUGGGACAGUGAUUCAGAAGCCCGACUAACAGCUCACAGUAUCAUGGAAAGAAUAACCUCUCUUCAGUCUUCUUACUCUCUGUGAUUUCUCUGUCUCUUGUCUUUUCAGGAUGACACAAUUUUGUACUGUUUCCCUCCAGAAACCUUUAGUAAAAGAAUCUUCAAAGACUGCCUUAACAUUUAGUGGCAUUUAUAACUUUAUUUCUCCUAAUCAGAAUGAGACAGAACCUGCAUCUUUGCUGCCGUAAUGAUCUCUUAUCUGGCAGUUCUGAUAUAAAGUGAACUCUGAUAGCAUUACUCAGCAGGCUCACAGGCAUUUCUGUCCUGAGUUUGAUCUCAUUAAAACCACUGACGUCUUACUUCAGCAGGCACUGGUUUCACUGUUCCUUUUAAAGCCCACAGGAUUUGUGUUCCUGCUAUGCAAAGCCCUAUGGUAUAUAUUACAAGAGAGAACUGACCAAGGCAGCAGCCAUACAAGUUCAAAACAUCUCAGAAAUGCAACAAAUUACACAAAAUGCAAAUGUUUCAGACAUAUAAACUCAAUUUAAAUUGAACUUCCCCCUAAACUGUCACUCCUAAAAAAAAGAAAAAGAAAAAAGAUCAGAUCAGAGCGUUUUCUUUGUUUCUUCCUAAAUAUUCCAUGAUCAACUGUAAGUGGGAUUAUUGGAAAGUGCAAGUAUUUAUUUCAGUUUUAAAUUUCAGGCUAAAUCUCAUUUUUAGGUCUUCAAACACAGAAACAUGAAAUUCAUGUUUUAUUGACAUUUAUUCUUCAUUAACUUUAGUCUCUCAAUGAUUGAGUGCAAUAACUGUUGAAUCCCAGAAGACUCCCCCAGUGCAGAUAUCUUACACUGCGUAACUGAACUGCUUUUAAAUUAUUGUGUAUAAUGUUACCUUUUUAAUCCCAUUUAUCACCUACAAAAGAGACGAUGACAACAGGGACAAAGUCCAAGCAUGCACUGACGGGCUGCUGUGGCUGGGCUUUUAAGGUGAUGCAAAAUAUCAAAUAUAAUAUUCAUUUAAAAAAAAUGAUAAUCAAGGAAACUUAUGAAUUAGAGAAUUUACAUUUAUUAAAUAAUGAUAAAGAUGCUUUUAAAACUGACCGCUAGAUGUCACUGUUCACUCACAUCCAUUUGUUUCCAAUGGAAACAAUGGAUUAUGAUCUCAUCACAAGUCUAUUCAUAACACUGCAACAAGGAAAAAAGCCAGCGUGUUCAACAUGUGGCCACAUUCUUCUGGCUUACACUUGAAAUGUAUUUAUUUAAGCAUUUCGUUGUUUAAACUUUUGCUUUCAACUGAAAUGUUGUUUUCUUGCUAAAAUGUCACUGAUGUUUCAGAGAUGCAGUUUACUGCUUAUGCCUCAGCAGCAUGUCUUUUGAUCUCCAACCUUCAACCACAAGUUUUAAACUGUUUCUCUGGCAUUGCCUUAUUGUAUGCUGACUUCACUGACUUCCAGUAUGUAACGGUCAUGACAAAUGUUGCUGUUUUAAGUCACUGUGCUCAAAAGUUUGUCAUCAAAUUUUAACAACAGUCUUAAAGUAGAAAACCAAAUGAGAAAGAAGUAUUUGAACCAGUACAAUAUGCUUGUAGUGGGUAACCCAACGAAGGAGUCAGUCAAGGAUGAAUAAGUUUAACAAUUUCCACCUAAAUCCACAAAGAACAGUAAACCUCAUUUUAACCCCUGCCCUGCUUUAAAGCCCACUUUCUGUUAGUGUUCUUUUGAUGUUACCAACCACAAAAGCCAGAGACGUCAUGUACAGCAGUCUAAUGGUCUAGCAGAUAUUUUGGGUUAUUUAGUCAUACACAAAAACAUCCACAGAGCUCACAGUUAUGCUGGUGUCCUGUCUGAUGCGGUUUCAUUGGAACUAACAAAAGCUUUUCUUUUCUUUUUAAUUAAGCAGCAGAGCGGCUGUGGUAUUUUAAAAUGUUAUUUCUUCAGUUUCAAACACAUUGCUUUCCUCAAAAUAUCUUGUAGCUGUGAACUCCUCGUCCAGCAUACGAUAAAGCUCAGUCCUUUCAGCUGAAACUGCUACUGACACUAAUGAUUAUUUGGAAUAACUUGUAGUUUCCACUUUUUUAAGCUCACCUUGUGUCACAUUUUCUGGAGUGGGACCUGCUGCUGCUGCUUCACUCUCUCUGGCUGUAUUUAAAUUAAGGGCCACACAUUACCUGGUGUUAAGUUCUGUUAGGGAAAUAUGGCAAAUAUAGUGUAGAUACUGGUUCCCGAUUUAACAACUGCUGACAGCUAAACCAUUCUUAACUUGUUAGUUGUGCUCUGCACAAAGCACAGCCACAGAGCAUGUAUCACUCACUUUAUCUAUAACAGUUUUUGUUUUUUGUUUUACUGUUUAAAAUGUACGUUUUAAAUAAAAGAAUACAAUCCUG